AUGCCUGCCUUGUCCUGGCGGCCGAGCGCGGCCAUCCCUCCUCCUGCCUUGCUUCUGCUGCCGCUGUUCUCGUUAGCUUGGGCGCGGAGCAACUCUCGGGGACUGGCGGGGUCCCCCCACCACGCCGCUUCUUCCCCUACGACCCCCAUCGCCAUUAUGGGCUUAAUGCCGCUGAGCGACUCCGUGGAGAAGGGCAAGAUCGGCCGGGGGGUCCUGCCGGCUAUGCAAUUGGCGAUGGAGCAGAUCCUCAACGAAUCGCUGCUCAACCCCUACUCUCUGGACCUGCGCUACUACGACACUGAGUGUGACAAUGCAAAGGGUCUUAAAGCCUUCUAUGAUGCAAUAAAAUAUGGACCUACACAUCUAAUGGUUUUUGGUGGUGUAUGUACAACUGUAACAUCCAUCAUUGCUGAAUCUUUAAUAGGAUGGAAUUUGAUCCAGCUCUCAUUUGCAGCAACAACACCAGAGUUAGCAGAUAAGAAAAAAUAUCCUUAUUUCUUCCGGACAGUGCCAUCCGAUAAUGCUGUGAACCCAGCAAUUUUAAAGUUGCUCAAGCAUUAUAAAUGGAAAAGAGUAGGAACUUUGACCCAGGAUAUACGAAGGUUUUCUGAGGUACGGAAUGAUCUAACUGGGGUUCUGUAUGGUGAAGAUAUUGAAAUAUCAGAUACAGAGAGUUUUUCUAAUGAUCCUUGUACAAGUGUCAAAAAGCUUAAGGGAAAUGAUGUUAGAAUUAUCCUUGGCCAGUUUAAUGAGGAAAUGGCAGCAAAAGUAUUCUGUUGUGCAUUUCAUGAAAAAAUGUUCGGCCCUAAGUAUCAAUGGAUAAUUCCUGGAUGGUAUCAGAGCUUUUGGUGGGAAAAAGCGAUUUCAAAGCUGAAUUCAUCACCCUGUCUUGGUAUAAACCUUCUGGGUGCAAUGGAAGGUUACAUUGGAGUGGAUUUUGAACCUCUCAGUUCCAAACAGAUAAAAACCAUAUCUGGAAGAACGCCACAGCAAUAUGAAGAGGAAUAUGAUCAAAGGCGUGGAAAUGUUGAGCCAAGUAAGUUCCAUGGCUUUGCUUAUGAUGGAAUAUGGGUAAUUGCCAAAACACUGCAGCAGGCAAUGAAGAUUCUUAAUGCCACAAACAGAAACCAAAAAAUUGAAGACUUUAACUACACCAACAAAGAACUUGGAAAGAUUUUCUUGGAUGCAAUGAAUCAAACCAGCUUCUUUGGUGUAACG